ACAGAACACACUCGUCACUUUCGUCCUCGUAAUGAUCUCAUGUGGACUUGUCUCGUCCACCCAAGCUAAACCUCGAUCGGCUACUAAAUCAACCACUUGAUUUUGUAUUUUUGUGCUUCUUCUGUUGUUGUAAUUUUUCCAUACACAUAAACUCCCGUGUGAGAAAAGGAGUUGGCUUUUUAUUGUUUGCUUAAGAGCUUGAAUCUUUACAGACUUGUUCUAGUUACAGAGAGCUUCAUAAUCCCUUAUUACCCAAUUAGUUCUCAAGCUUACUAGGAUUCAAGGUUUUGUGAGAAUGAUGACGUCAUCUCGAAACAUAGAUUUAGGUACGAUGAUGAUGGCAUGUGGUUGUGGCCGUCGUCCGUUUCUUCCGUUGGGCAAUUUCUCCAAGUUUGGUAGCAGCAACAAAAGCUAUGGCGGUGGGAAUCUUGUGGGGAGUUGCAGAGCCGUGCCAACGAAACCAAAGGAGAUCUCUUUACUCAAUGGUAUUGGUCAAGCUCAAACAGUGACUUUUGAUUUGAAGCCAGAGACAGAACAGCAGAUUUCGUUGACAGACCUGUUUGAGGUAGUAGCUGAUGAUCUGCAGACAUUGAAUGACAAUCUUUUAUCGAUUGUUGGUGCAGAAAAUCCAGUUUUGAUAUCUGCAGCAGAGCAGAUUUUUGGAGCUGGUGGUAAAAGAAUGAGGCCGGGUUUGGUCUUCCUUGUAUCACGAGCCACAGCAGAAUUGGCUGGCCUAAAGGAACUAACAACUGAACACCGGCGUUUGGGUGAGAUCAUUGAGAUGAUUCACACCGCAAGCUUGAUACACGAUGACGUUUUAGAUGAGAGUGAUAUGCGUAGAGGAAAGGAAACAGUUCAUGAGCUUUUCGGUACAAGAGUAGCAGUGUUAGCUGGUGAUUUCAUGUUUGCUCAAGCAUCAUGGUACUUAGCAAAUCUUGAGAAUCUCGAAGUUAUUAAGCUCAUAAGUCAGGUGAUCAAAGACUUUGCAAGCGGAGAGAUAAAGCAGGCGUCGAGUUUGUUUGACUGUGACACUAAGCUUGAGGACUACUUACUCAAAAGUUUUUACAAGACAGCCUCUUUAGUGGCUGCGAGCACCAAAGGAGCUGCCAUCUUCAGCAGAGUCGAGACCAAUGUGACAGAGCAAAUGUAUGAGUUUGGGAAGAAUCUUGGCCUCUCUUUCCAGGUAGUUGAUGACAUAUUGGACUUCACUCAGUCUACAGAGCAGCUUGGGAAGCCAGCAGGGAGUGAUUUGGCUAAAGGUAACUUAACCGCUCCUGUGAUUUUUGCUCUGGAGAAGGAGCCGAGGCUGAGAGAGAUCAUUGAGUCUGAGUUUUGUGAGGUGGGUUCACUGGAAGAAGCGAUUGAAAUGGUGAGAGAAGGCGGGGGAAUCAGGAGAGCACAAGAGUUGGCUAGGGAAAAGGCUGAUGACGCGAUAAAGAAUCUGCAGUGCCUGCCUCGAAGUGGCUUCAGGUCAGCUCUAGAACAAAUGGUGAUGUAUAAUCUUGAAAGAAUUGAUUAGCUUUCCCAAAAGAAGUUGGAAAGAUUGAGACAAGCUUAUAGACUUAUAGUACAGUAAAUCACACACAAAAGAGGAUUUGGCAGCAAUUGUAACGUUGUUAAAAUCUUUAAAACUAUAUAUGAAUUUCAAAAGCAAUAACACAAAGCUGAACUCAUUCGAUAA